CUGUGUCCCUCUGUCCCCCACACGAGCUCCAGCUGGCUCACAGCCAGGUGCUCAGGGUCUGCUGCUCUGCGUCCACCUGCAGCAGGAACCUGCACCUUCCCCAGAGCACCUCCAGGGCUGGGAGACGACUGGCCCAGCAAGGACCAGAACCCUGUGCCCAGGACGGGCUGAGGGAGCCCCGGGGAGGCCCUGGGAGGAGGACCAGCCCCGGGUCACCCUCACCUGGAAGGGGCCGGCUCAGGAGGGCACCAGGGAGUUUGUGCUGCGUCCUGGCCCUGGAGGGACGAGGACAGGUCAGGCAGACAGCAGAAGGGGUGAGGGGGCAGCACUGCUGUCUGAGCCGCCUGCAGGGGGCCCAGGCCCUCCCCACCCAGUCCUGGGGACAAGAGCCAGGCUCUGGGGGGGCAGUUCCCCUUCCUGUGAGCAGCUGAUGUGACAGCCCUAUGACAGGCAGAACCCGGCCUCCAAGUGGCCACGCCCUGUGUGUGUCUGUCCUCCAGCUCUCUGACCUCUCCAUCUGGACCCUGGGACCACGGGGAGGACACACCAUGACCCCCACCCUCACGGCCCUGCUCUGCCUGGGGCUGAGUCUGGGCCCCGGGACCCGAGGGCAGGCAGGGACCCUCCCCAAGCCCACCCUGUGGGCUGAGCCAGGCUCUGUGAUCUCCUGGGGAAGGCCAGUGACCAUCUGGUGUGAGGGGCCCCUGGAGGCCCAGGAGCUCCGUCUGGAUAAAGAGGGAAGCUCAGUGCCCUGGGACAGACAGAGACCACUGGGGCCCAGGAACAAGGCCAAGUUCUCCAUCCCAUACAUGACUGAGCACCGUGCAGGGAGAUAUCAAUGCCUCUAUCUCAGCCCUGCUGGGUGGUCAGAGCAUAGUGACCCCCUGGAGCUGGUGGUAAUGAUAGGAACCUACAGCAAACCCAGGCUCUCAGCCCUGCCCAGCCCUGUGGUGACCUCACGAGGGAAGGUGACCCUCCAGUGUGGCUCAUGGCAGGGAUAUGGCAGGUUUGUUCUUGCCAAGGAAGGAGGACACCACCUCACCUGGACCCUGGACUCACAGCGACACCCCAGUGGGCAGUAUCAGGCCCAGUUCCCUGUGGGCCCCGUGAUCCCCAGCCACAGGUGGACAUUCACAUGCUACGGCUAUUUCAGGAGCAACCCGCAGGUGUGGUCAGGACCCAGUGACCCCCUGGAACUCCUGGUCUCAGGGGUGUCCAGGAAGCCCUCCCUCCUGACCCAGCAGGGCCCUGUCCUGGCCCCUGGAGAGACCCUGACCCUCCAGUGUCACUCAGACGUCACCUAUGACAGAUUCACUCUGUCCAAGGAGGGGGCACAGGACCUCCCCCAGCGCCCUGCCCAGCAGCCCCAGGCUGGGCUCUCUCAGGCCGACUUCCUGCUGGGCCCUGUGAGCAGCUCCCACGGGGGUCAGUACAGGUGCUACGGUGGACACAGCCUCUCCUCUGAGUGGUCAGCCCCCAGUGACCCCCUGGACAUCCUGGUCUCAGGACAGCCCCCUGUCACACCCUCCCUCUCAGUGCAGCCUGGUCCCACAGUGUCCUCAGGGGAGAACGUGACCCUGCUGUGUCAGUCACAGAUCAAGAUGGACACUUUCCUCCUGUGCAAGGAGGGGGCAGCUGAUCCCCCCCUGCAUCUGAGAGCAGAGUACCGAGCCCCAUGGCACCAGGCAGAGUUCUCCAUGAGAGCUGUGACCCCAGCCCUCGGGGGGACCUACAGGUGCUAUGGCUCUCACAGCUCAUCCCCCUACCUGCUGUCACGGCCCAGUGCCCCCCUGGACCUGGGGGUCUCAGGACCCUCUGGGGGUGCUCAGGUAAGCAGCGUGGCUCCUCGUCCACACCUGUGCCCAGGACUGGGAAGGCACCUGCCGGUUCUGGUCGGGGUCUCAGUGGCCUUCCUCCUGCUGUUCCUCCUCCUCGUCCUCCUCCUCCUCUGGCGUCACAGCAGACGCAGGAAGGCAGCCCAGACAGAGGCUGGCUUCCAGGGACCUGCAGGUGACACAGAGCCAACACCCAAGGACAGAGGCCAGCAGAAGAGAUCCCGUCCAGCGGCUGCCCCUGCUGCCCAGGAAGAAGCCCUCUAUGCUUCUGUGAAGGACCCUCAGCCUGAGGACGGGGUGGAGCUGGACAGUCGGGGCCCACCUGACGGAGACCCCCAGGGAGUGACACACGCCCAGGUGGAGCACUCAGGACUCAGGCGGGGUGGGAGCUCCCCUCUCCCCCCGCUGUUGGGGCAGUUCCUGGGCACAGAGGACGCAGAGGACAGACAGACGGACACUCAGGCUGCUGCAUCUGAAGGUCCCCAGGACGUGACCUACGCCCAGCUGUGCAGAUGGACACUCAGACGGGGGGCCGCUGCCCCUCCCUCCUCCCAGGCAGAGCAGCCCCCAGCGGAGCCCAGUGUGUACGCUGCUCUGGCCCCUGCUCACCCCGGAGCUGCCCCCAAGGACACUCACUAGUGGCCCUCAGGCAGCCAGCCACCUGACACCUCCAGAGACUCGGGAACUGAGACCGGCCUGACUCUGCAUCAGAGAAAAGUGACACCCUGCAUAAUAAAUAAUAAAGCCAGAGUUUCUCAAUAACCAAAGGAGUGGACGAGAAACAGAGGGACAGGAGGUCUCAACAUGAAUGACAAGGUUAACACUGCACACCAAGGCUGUGAAGUGAGAAAGUCAAGGACCUGAAUGAUCAUGUUAGGAAAUAGGGUUUUUGUGUUGUUUUAUUUUGAGUUUUGUUGUUGUUGUUUGUUUUGUGUUCCUUUGGUACUAGGGAUUGAACCCAGGGGUGCUUAACCUCCGAGCCACAUCUCCAGCCCAUUUUUUUAAAAUUUAUUUUUAUUGUUGAUAGACCUUUAUUUUUUUUAUUUAUAUGUGGUGCUGAGAAUCGAACCCAGUGCCUCACAUAUGCCAGGCAAGUGUGCUACCAUUGAGCCACAACCCCAGCCCCUUGUUUUUUUUAUUUUAAGACAGAAUCUUGAUGAGUCACUGCCUCGAACUUGAGAUUCUCCUGCCUCAGCCACCCAAGUCACUGGGAUUACAGGCGUGUGCCACCAUGCCCAGCUGUAGGAAACAUGUUUUUUUAAAUUAACAAACUAAGCUAUUCUAUCGAGAGUUUAGAAAAAAAAUAACAAAUCACUCCAAAUGAAAAUAAAGGGAAAAAUAAUAAGAUUAGUUGCAUAUGUUUCAGUAUGAGAAGAGCAAGAUAGCAGGCAGGAUGGCAGACCCUGCACACGUUUUUAAAGGCAACAAGAGAACAUUAUGAGCUGUUUUAUGCCCACAUAGAAGAUGUAGAUAAAAUAGGCAAAAUCCCCACACAUACAAUUUACCAAAUGAACAUAAAAAUAAACAGAAAAUCUGAA